GGUCUCUCUGUACCGGUACAGUACGGAAGUAUGACCAUGGAUGGCAGAGGGUUGUGACGGAAGGUUCCCGCGGCUUGAUGUGUGUGUUUUGUUGUGGCCCACGUUCUAUUUCCACGGCCAUUUUCGUCCACGGCAAGAAGGCGAUCAAGUUUCCGUUCCAACGCCCGACGCCUGGUGACCAGCAUCUUUGUCCAACAAAAAACGGCCGCCACAACCUGAGCUGCCACUCCUCUCACGGUCGUUGACAUUCGCAGUGCUAGCUAGCACCGGUACCUAUCAGCCAUCAGCAUACUAGUAUAAUAAGGUAUCAGCUGAGCAGCACUGCCAACACACAUAGUUGAUUGGCUGUGCCUACCAUGUACCAAGAUGAUAUGGUCAAUGAAGGGGAUGGCUGUGGUGGCCUGCCACGAACGCCCAAAGUCUCAGUGGAUCAAACUCUUGAAUUGAAGAGUGCCUUGAGGAGGUCCACGAUCGUCAAGAAACCAGAAGAGAAUUCCAUUGCUUCCUCGACACAACCCUUUGAUCACAGUCAAUUUUCUUCAGGGAACAGCGUACAACGGCAAUAUCACCAAUACACAUCCUAUCAGCCACCCCCUGAGUUGCCAAUCCGAGGCCGAUCUCGUAGCCCAGGCAAAAGCCUGUCGGAAGGCAGAGGCCGAUCUCGGAGCCCAGGCAAAAGUCUAUCGGAAGGUAGAGGCAGAGGCAGAAGUCGAUCUGAAGGCAGAGGCAGAAGUCGAUCUGAAGGCAGAGGCAGAAGUCGAUCUGAAGGUAGAGGCAGAUCUAGCAGCCGAACACGGACACGAAGCCGUUCCCCUGGAAGGACCAGACGCUCACGAAGUCCUUCAGCAAAUAGCCGGCCUCGAGAAAACACUGCGGCUGUUGCAGCUACUGCUACCGUCACGUCUUCCUCUGGGGCUGGGAGUUAUCACCUGAUGCCACUGGAAAUGGAUGCCAAAGAACUUCCUCCACCUGCCUCAGCCAUCAGGAAGAAAAUGAUACGGCGAAGAUCUUCUUCACUUCGAUCCAAGAGAAAAAACAGAAAAGAUAUGGAAGAAGAAAGAUAUGAGGCUCGGGUGGCUCUAGUCAUUCAAUUCGCCAUGGCGUUCUUUUGUGCCUUGAUCGUCAUUGCUAUUGUCCUUGCAAUAGGAAUUGCUAUUUAUUCUGACCAUGGGUAUUGGCUCAUCAUCACGUUGUGCCUGAUACUAAUGGUCAGUCUCUCCCUCAGCUUGUGUUGUUUCCUCAACCAAGUUCUCAAUGAGGAGGAUGCCCCCAACGUCAAUCAAGCACACAUGCCCAAGUGGUACAAAACUAUGAGAAAGGUAAUAAAAGAUGAAUGGGCUGAUUUCAAAGCGGAUUGGUUGGCAAUGCGCAACGAAAAUUUGUUGUUGGAGGAUGAAAAGGAUUCUUCCUUGGUCAAUAUCAGAACCAAGAGUGGUGUGAAAAGCAGCGAGGUUGAGACGACUUCCUCGGUGUACAGCAGCAAUACACAAAGCAGCAACAAUAAACCCAAGAAACGGCGCGGCAAGAGCACUCUGUUCAAGUUGGUGGCCAAACCCGUAGCAAUGUUGUCGAGCUUUCGGCGAAAGCGAAGGGGCAGAAGGAAGCUACGAAAAGGACAGGAUGAUGUUGCGACAGUGACAUCCUUCCCCUCCACCGUGUAG